AUGCGUCACUGCUGUCGCCUCUUCUCAGCACUAUGGGGCAUUACUUCCAUUUUCCCUAGGAAAGUUCUAGAAAUUCAGAAAAAAAUAAACAGCAACUUCCUGCCCAAUAGUGGUAGUACCUUUUUGUCAUGUGCAUUGGCUGCUAAUAGUAGUGGAACUUUGCUGUUAAUUUCUUCCUACAGAAGAUCCAUAAACAUAAUUAAAAAAUACUUUGAAGAAUAUGCCCUAGUUGGUCAAGAUAUUCUUGAAAAUAAAGAAAGCUGGGAUAAGAUUUUAGCCCUACUUCCUGAGACAAUUCAUGAUGAACUUCAAAAGCACUUCCAGAAGUCUCACAGUUCACUUCAGCGCUGGGAGCAAUUGAAGAAAACAAUCAGCACAUCUCAGAAUAUGAAAAAUGACAAGUGUGGACCCUGGCUGGAAUGGGAGAUUAUGCUCCAAUACUGUUUUCCGCGGCUGGAUAUCAAUGUUAGCAAAGGAAUUAAUCAUUUACUGAAGAGCCCUUUUAGUGUUCAUCCUAAAACAGGUCGCAUUUCUGUGCCUAUUGAUUUACAGAAGGUGGAUCAGUUUGACCCAUUUACUGUUCCAACCAUAAGCUCCAUCUGCCGUGAGUUGGAUGUCACUUCUACCAAUGAAAAGGAAAAUGAGAAUGAAGCUGAAUCGGAAACCAAGCAUAGACCCAGAGAUUAUAAGAAGACCAGUCUAGCACCUUAUGUUAAAGUAUUUGAACAAUUUCUUGAAAACCUGGAUAAAUCCCGGAAAGGCGAACUUCUUAAGAAGAGUGAUUUACAAAAAGAUUUUUGAAGAAACCAACUCCCUUUAAAUCAAUGUGGAUAUCUUCAGCCAUGGAACAGAUGCUUUAAGGGUCAUUUUAAAAAUAUGGAAUAAUCACCUAUGUGUCUUAAUAAAAGUUUCUCUUUUUUUUGCUUAA